UGACAGAUUUGUUAGAGCUUCCUAUCGAGUAGAGAAUAUGAAGUCUGAACUGGAUUUAUAUUUAGAGGAGAACUUGAUACCUAGGACUGAAGAGUCAUUUGAUAUAUGCAACUAUUGGAAGGUGACGGGCCUCAAAUACCCUUUGUUGAGUAUGAUUGCCAAGGAUGUAUUUCCUGUGCCUGUUAACACUGUUGCUUCGGAAUCUACAUUCAGCACUGGUGGUAGGCACGUGAGUUCACAUCGUUCGAGACUUCAUCCUUCUACAUUAGAAGCAUUAGUAUGUACACAAAAUUGGUUGAAGACUGACAAAAAAGCAACAGUGAAUGAUGAAGAUAAUGAUGUUGAUCCAACAAUGGAGCCUUACGUAGUUGAUCUUGAUGAUUAGAAAGUACAUUGUUCUUUUUAGUAUAUGAGUGAGGAUAUGGAUGAGAACAAAUUGUAGUGUUUAGUACUUAUGGUUGCUAGUUAUUAUAUUUGAGUUUAUAGUUGGUAGUUAUUAUUGAUGUAUUAAAUAUUGUUAGUAACAAAAGUACAAUCUCAAGCUUUCAUCUAUUA